AUGGAAAGCAUUCCAGAUCAUGAGGGAGAUGAUGAUAUUGAUGACUUCCAACACCAUCAACGAGAAGGAUUGCCUGAUAAGGGGAACUUAGGGGAGAUCCAGAAUAAAUCAAGGUUCAGGUCUGAUGAACAUGUUGAUGAAGAUCGAGACAGGAGUUUGGGGGGAUUUGAAACAAGGAAUACAGUGGAAUUGAAGGAUAAAUACAGUAGCAGAACUUUGGCUCCCAAGGAUGGUACAGUUUCCCAAUCACCUCAAGAUGCUAUAAAAAAGAUUGAUAAAGAGAAGGUUAAAGCAGCUCUUGAGCGGAGGAAAGCCCGUGGAGACAUAAAUCGUAAAACAGACCAUAUGGACGAGCUCGAGAGAGAACUGGAGGAUGUUGAAUUGCCUGGUGAGUUCGACAAGAUUAAGCUAGAAAACAAAAGGAGCUGGUCCAAAUCUACAAACAAGUCAGAGCACGAAAACUCCCAUCGCCCUUCUGGAUAUGGGCAUGCGGAUGAUUUUCACACUGUAGAAGAAGGGGAAGUCGAACCAUUUGAUGACGACAGGGGAUAUCAGUCACCAAGGUUAGCCAAUCGUAAGAGGAAGGCUGGUAGCCCUCUAGACAAGAAAGUAGAUGGAAAGCUGCGAAUUGAUUACAUGUGUGGGUCUCAAACACACCAUUGA